CGAUGCGAUCGGUCCUUGCCUCUGCCCAGGGCUCUCAGUGCGGGCGACAGCGCUUGCGAACAUGGCGUCCGAAGGGAUGAUUUUAACAAACCACGACCACCAAAUACGGGUGGGAGUCCUCACAGUGAGCGACAGCUGCUUCAGGAAUCUUGCAGAAGAUCGCAGUGGAAUCAACCUCAAAGACCUCGUACACGACCCCUCCCUGCUGGGGGGCACAGUUUCUGCCUACAAAAUAGUGCCAGAUGAGAUCGACGAGAUCAAGGAGACACUCAUGGACUGGUGUGAUGAGAAGGAGCUGAACCUCAUCCUGACCACCGGGGGCACUGGCUUCGCUCCACGUGACGUCACCCCAGAGGCCACUAAGGAGGUGAUUGAGCGGGAGGCACCUGGGAUGGCCCUGGCCAUGCUUAUGGGAUCCCUCAACGUCACGCCGCUGGGCAUGCUCUCCAGGCCUGUGUGCGGGAUCAGGGGGAAGACCCUCAUCAUCAACCUGCCUGGCAGUAAGAAGGGCUCGCAGGAAUGUUUCCAAUUUAUCCUGCCUGCACUGCCCCAUGCUAUUGACCUUCUGCGGGACGCCGUGGUCAAGGUGAAGGAGGUUCAGGAUGAGCUGGAGGACCUGCCUUCGCCACCUCCACCCCUGUCCCCACUGCCCGCCUCUGGGCCACACAAGCAGACUGAGGACAAGGGCGUCCAGUGCGAGGAGGAGGACGAGGACAAGAAGGACAGCGGCGUGGCCUCCACCGAAGACAGCUCCUCCUCACACAUCACCGCCGCUGCCAUCGCUGCCAAGAUUCCGGACUCCAUCAUUUCACGGGGUGUCCAGGUGCUUCCGCGGGACACAGCAUCUCUCAGCACCACCCCCUCCGAAUCACCCCGUGCUCAGGCCACCUCUCGCCUCUCCACUGCCUCCUGCCCCACGCCUAAAGUAAGCCGGCUCCCCUCCUGCUCAUCCUCCUGUAGUGUUUCCGAGGCCUCACGGAGAGAGUUCAGGGCUCAUCUGGAUGAGGUCAUCACGCUCAAGUCAAGGUACUCUACCUUGGACCAGCUGCACUGUAGGCUGGAGGGCCUUAAAGAUGAUCGCAGGAGCCAUAGGAUCUUCAGCUCGCGAGUUCAGUCAAGAUGCAGCAGCAAAGAAAAUAUCCUGCGAGCAAGUCACAGUGCGGUUGACAUCACCAAAGUUGCCCGAAGGCACCGCAUGUCCCCCUUCCCUCUCACCUCCAUGGACAAGGCCUUCAUCACUGUGCUGGAGAUGACCGCUGUUCUGGGUACGGAGAUCAUCAACUACAGAGAUGGGAUGGGGCGAGUCCUGGCGCAGGACGUCUAUGCCAAAGACAAUCUGCCUCCGUUCCCUGCCUCCGUUAAGGACGGUUAUGCUGUCAGAGCUGCUGACGGGCCAGGGGACCGCUUCAUCAUCGGGGAGUCGCAGGCCGGGGAGCAGCCGACACACACGGUGAUGCCUGGCCAGGUCAUGCGGGUCACCACGGGGGCUCCCAUCCCCUGCGGAGCCGAUGCCGUCGUCCAGGUGGAGGAUACCGAGCUGCUACGGGAAUCAGAAGAUGGCACGGAGGAGUUGGAGGUGCGGAUCCUGGUGCAGGCACGACCGGGUCAGGACAUCAGGCCCAUCGGUCACGACAUCAAGCGUGGCGAGUGCGUCCUGGCCAAGGGCACCCAUAUGGGCCCGUCCGAGAUCGGCCUGCUGGCCACCGUGGGCGUCACUGAGGUGGAGGUGCAGAAGUUCCCCGUGGUGGCGGUUAUGUCCACGGGAAACGAGCUGCUGAACCCCGAGGAUGACCUCCACCCAGGGAAGAUCCGCGACAGCAACCGUUCCACGCUACUGGCCACCAUCCAGGAGCACGGCUACCCCACCAUCAACCUGGGCAUCGUCGGAGACAACCCAGACGAUCUUCUUAAUGCCCUGAAUGAGGGUAUCAGUCGCGCUGACGUCAUCAUCACUUCAGGGGGCGUGUCUAUGGGGGAGAAAGACUACUUGAAGCAGGUCCUGGACAUCGAUCUCCAUGCGCAGAUCCACUUCGGACGCGUUUUCAUGAAGCCAGGGCUGCCCACCACAUUCGCCACCUUGGACAUGGAUGGCGCUCGCAAGCUCAUCUUUGCGCUGCCAGGAAACCCAGUGUCUGCUGUCGUGACAUGUAACCUCUUCGUCAUCCCUGCCCUGAGGAAGAUGCAAGGGAUUUUGGACCCUCGACCCACCAUCAUAAAAGCCAGGCUCUCCUGUGAUGUGAAACUGGACCCACGGCCCGAGUACCAUCGCUGCAUCCUGACCUGGCACCACCAGGAACCAUUGCCAUGGGCACAGAGCACAGGGAACCAGAUGAGCAGUCGACUGAUGAGCAUGCGCAGCGCCAACGGGCUCCUAAUGCUCCCUCCCAAAACAGAGCAAUAUGUGGAGCUGCACAAGGGCGAGGUGGUGGACGUCAUGGUGAUAGGGCGGCUAUGAUGUCAUCUUAAAGGGACAGAGCGACGAGAGAGGCAGAAGUGGAGGGAGGAAGCAAGGAAAGAGGGCUGGUUCAUGGUGCAUGUCCACAUAUCAUUGACUAUUCCGUAAUAUGCAACGGCACAGCUAGUUUUUAUUGAUUUGGAUAAUGUUGAUCAAGUAUAGUCGACAUCUUGAACACAUAAUAAAUGAUUACUUAUAAAGAUCAUAACAUUUCAAAGAAAGUAUAACUUUUGAAGUUAAAAAGAUCUUAAAAAGAUUUAUUCUGUAAUAUAAUUAUGAUUAUGAUUAUUAUUAUGAUUAUUAUUAUCAUGCUAGGACAACUCUGUUCUGUUUCAUUGCAAUUGCUUUGUGUGUUCAAUGCUAGACCAGUAUAGCAGUAGCAUUUUAAUAGAGAUUUGUAGGUGCCUGCGAGGAAAAAAAGCAAACGUCUUAUUUUCUCAUCUUUAAAGAAGACAUUUAUGAAAAAAAGACCAUGUAGGACGACUGCCGAUGCCCAAGAGUCCAUCCUACUUCCUUUCUUACGAGUGGGUUAGGUUCCACACCUAUGUUUCCCUUCUUAGUGUGCUCCAUAACCGCUCCACAAAAGGCUUUGCUUGUCGUUUAUCUCGUGAGUUGUGUUUAUGUGCACAGUGCCAAAUGCGUGUGGGGGGAGGGGAGGGCCGAGAGCAGGGGGUAGGGAGGUCAUGUGCCAGGAUUCCCAAACCCAGAAACCUCCCUAAAGUCACCUGACCAGGUACAGCGAUGCCCAUGGGGGCUUUUAUUUGAUCAAACAAGAAAAAAACAGCUUAUUUAAGUGCUGACAGCCUUUUUAAAUCAACUUACACGUGAAAUGUACAGAAAGAUAAUAUUGUACAGAUAUCUGUGACCAGCACUCCUAAAGAAAUUACACCACGAGGAGACAUUGAAAACUCUGUACUAUAACAUUUUCUGUAAUGAUACUGAAACUGAU